AGGGGGGGGCCUGGAAACUGCCCCGUGUCCCAUUUCCUCCUCUUGUUUUCGCUCCGGAUUCUCCAUGUUGGACCCCAACUGAGGAGCCCGGAGCUGCUGCCGGGGGAUCCAGGUUGGGGGGACCUGGGGGGGUGGGGGUGGGGAGCUGCUGCCCGGGCCGCCGGCCCUCCUUGCAGGCCGCCUCCCUUCUCUGCCUCGGGGAGGGGGACGGAGGGGGAUGUGAACAGCCGAAGGAGCCGCCUCCGCCUCCGCCGUCGCCGUCGCCGCCGCCGCCGCAGCCCCAGAGCCGGCCCCCGCCCAGGCCCCCCGUCCCCGCCCGCCCACCCAUCCCGGGCCCGCGGGGUUGUUAGAUGGAACACGGCUCCAUCAUCACCCAGGCGCGGAGGGAAGACGCCCUGGUGCUCACCAAGCAAGGUCUGAUCUCCAGGUCCUCUCCCAAGAAGCCUCGUGGACGUAACAUCUUCAAGGCAUUUUUCUGUUGCUUCCGUACCCAACAUGUUAGCCAAUCAGGCUGCAGCAAUGAGCUUGCCUCAUACAAGGAUGAAACCAACACCAUUGCCAAGUCGGAUCUGCUCCAGUGUCUUCAGUACCAGUUUUACCAGAUUCCAGGAACGUGCCUGCUUCCAGAGGUGACGCAGCAGGAUCAAGGAAGGAUCUGUGUGGUCAUCGACCUGGACGAGACCCUUGUACAUAGUUCCUUUAAGCCAAUCAACAAUGCUGACUUUAUAGUGCCUGUGGAGAUUGAGGGGAUCACUCACCAGGUGUAUGUGCUGAAGAGGCCUUAUGUGGAUGAGUUCCUGAGGCGAAUGGGGGAGCUGUUUGAAUGCGUCCUCUUCACUGCCAGCCUGGCCAAGUAUGCUGACCCUGUGACUGAUCUCUUGGAUCAGUGUGGCGUGUUCCGGGCCCGCCUCUUCCGAGAGUCCUGUGUGUUCCACCAGGGCUGCUACGUCAAGGACCUCAGCCGAUUAGGGAGAGACCUGAGGAAAACCCUGAUAUUGGACAACUCUCCUGCCUCGUACAUCUUCCACCCAGAGAACGCAGUGCCUGUGCAAUCCUGGUUUGACGACAUGGCAGACACAGAGUUGCUGAAUUUGAUACCCAUCUUUGAGGAGCUCAGUGAAGCAGAAGAUGUGUAUACCAGCCUUGGGCAGCUGAGGGCACCUUAGACUUCUCCAUCUCAGCGGGUCUAGAACUGCAGGGGACUGUGACACACUGUGCCUUCGCUCUCAGCCAGGAAGAGAUAGCAGAAACAGGGAGAAACAAUGUAAAGUGAGUUAGGGCACGUUAGAUGACCAUGUGGGCAAACAGCAGACCAGUGACACCUAAUACCCCCUGCUCCAUGAACUGGGCGUUAGAGGAACACACUGUGUGAGCGUGUAUGUGUGCGGGCAUGUUGGACACCGACACCAUGAUGAUUCGGGUGGGGGAGCCAGAGCUCGCCUCCUAGAGAGUCGGUCCAGGAGCCAUUGACCUCUCGUGGGAACAAAGACCAUUCCGUGCUCUGCUGCCAAACCUCGAGUCUUCCCUGGGUGUGUAGAGCCUGAUGUGUAGGCCACCUGGCACCACAUUCAAAUGCACACUAUUCAGACACUUCCCUUGAGACCCACAGCAACCUCGGGAAACAGGUGGUUUUUAAACAUCCCAGCAAUCCACACUUUGGCCUCACAAACGUGGCCGGGAGGGUUGGGAUCAAGGAGCCACUCCUGCCCUUCUCUCCCUGGCCUGGAACUUCGGUGCCCUCCUUUCCUCUCCUUCUUCACCUCCCAAUUACAAUUCUGAAACCAUGGGCAACCCUCAAAGGAGGACAGAGAAUGAGUUUCAUUGGAGGGGCUCGGUUCAUUCCUGAAUAAUCUUGGGCUCUGGGCUGAAAGCUGGGGGACAGGGGAGUCAGAGGCUCGUUCCCACUGCUCAGAACAAAUUUGGAAAGCCAGAAUGUCUGUCCCUGAGGCAUGGAUCAGAUUAUAGGUCUCUAGAGAAAGCUGGAGAGCCAAUCUGUGCAGGGAUCCUUCUUCAGAGGACCUGGAAAGGGCAGCUUUAAUGCUGCCGACACUUCCAGUUCCUUGAGCAUAAAGGAGGAAAAGGUUUCAUCUCCUCCAGGCAGUUUAAUUCAGGGAAGUUUGGGACGGUGAGACCUUUGCAUGGGCAGCCUCGAGGACACCUGUGUCCCCUAGGUGGAAAACAAACAGCAAGAGCCAACAGUUGGUUCUCUUGAUUACGGUGUGCUAGCUUCCUGCAGAUGCCUUAGUGACACAGAAAAGAGUGGAGAAAGAAGACCCAAGGCCUGCUCAGGGCCGAGGUUUCAGAAUCCGUAUGCACUUCAGUGUCUGCAGCAUGGUCCCGGGUUCUCUUCUAAAAAGCGUUUAUUCGUAUUAAGCCACAUGUACAAAAUGGAAGGUCUUCUAAGUUUGGAGGUUUCGUGAGGAGACCCCCCAAGUAAGCAGCACUGGCUUGUAGGCUUGGCUUCUGCUGGAACAGGUGUGCUGUGGAACUAAAGGAAGAUUCCCUAAGAGGUAAUCGGCAGUCAAAUCUCCCCACCUUUCCCUGAAGGAAUUCCACACUUGUUCAGGUACACUUGAAACUCAGCAUUCUUCUCCACCAUUCUCUUUGUCUGAAAUGCUUGCUUUCUGGGGGUGGGGGAGAUGGGGGAAAUGGCCAAUUGGGUGAAUUGGCGGGGGGGGGACAGAGCAGCUUUUCUGUGUUCUGGUGUGCGUUCCGAUUAGAGUCCCUCCUUACUCAAUCUUGGUGCCAAUUCUGAUCCCUCCCAUUGUUGUCAGGUUUCCAUCUUUUCUCCUUGGUUUUAUACCAAGAUGGUGCCAUGGAACACAUGUCCAGGGACCCAGAAGCUAUGAAGACAUAGAACUGAAAUUUCCUAGAAUCUGUUUUCUUUCUCUAGCUACUUCUCUGUGGAAGCAUUUCCUAAAACUGACUCUUGGGGUAGAAUUGGAGGCCAAGUCUGAGUGCUGACAGAAACCUCCUCCAAACCAACAACCAAAAAACUGCCCAAAUCAAACAAACCUAAUCAGUCCCGUCCCACUCUUAAUGCCAAAUUCCAUGGCCAGUUAUCACAAGAGAGUAGGGGAGGGGGGAGAUUUGGAGCUUGAUCCUCCACCUCCAGGCCAUUAUCUACUGCUUCUUAAGGGUGGGAGAGCAGUGGUGAAGACAUUCCUGACAUCUGGUCCAAGCCCAACUGCCUUUGCCAUUAGGGGCUUUGGGACACUGUCCUGAAACACGUGAGCAAUAAUGAAAGAGACUGGGCCGAAAGACGUUCCUCAGCCUCCGUUCCCAGGCUCCCUCGCUGCUCUGAGUAAAGAAGGGGGGACGCUGACAUGCCUAUGUUGCCUCUACUGAGAUGCCCUCCAAGUGUCCAACAACAAAUGUCCGUGUUCCCCAGCCCACUGGGACGUGCGCUUGCUGUCUCUCAUAGGAAGCCCUGUGUCUUUGGCACGCCAGCCAUUUGUUCUUACUCAGCUGUACAUACGCACCCUGGCCCCUCUAGCCGGUCUUCUUGGUCUUCCAGUUAAAGCAUGUUCCUCAUCCACCUCAGCCAGAUUUGAACAGGACCUUAUGCCAGCCUGGAGCGGCCCAAAGCCCUUAGAAACAGUUGUUUGGACAGUGGUGUGUCAGAGGGUUGGCAGGGCUUCCAAACCCUGGUACAGACGUGAGUUUAGUCUUGGAAUGAGCUAGGACUUGGGGGGUGUCUUUUCCAGUGGUCCCCUGGGGGAUGCCCUUUCCCCCUCCUCUACUCUAAAGAGCUCGAGUCCUUGAGCAAGUAGAGGGCUUCUCGACAAAGGGCGACCCAAGUUCUUUACCUCACCUGGUUCUGAGCCAAGCUCAGCCAGGGUGCCCCAUGGAAGCUAGGUCUCAUUAGAGACCAGGCCACAUGUGUACCAGCCAUUCCAGGAAUACUCCCUUCUGCCAAUUUUAGUUCUUUAAAAGUUGCCUCUUCAGUGGCACAGUUCUAGUGUCUCUGAUUGGGCUUCUGUUUAGAAAGAGCCGGAUGUUCACAUCCCUCUCAUAGGGGGAAGCUUUAAACAAAGGGCCGGUUUGGGAGAGGGUCAGGAUUAAGGGUCUCAACUCUGCAUAUUGUAGAGAGGGUGCUCUUCAAAGGCCUGUGGAUCCCAGACUGGGGAGGCAGAGAGCAGUGUCUUGGACCUGAAAGACAAUUGACAAUUGGACCAUGAACUUGAGCGUUUAAUUGCUGAACAGGGAAAGAAAUAUCCUUGGGUAAAUUUGCCUUAAGAGAGUCUGGGACUUUUUAGCUCCCUCCUGCCUCCCAAAGAUGUUGACUAUUUUGUAAACUUGUAAAUUUACCUUUACUGUUUUAUAUAAGAACCCAGAAACUUUGGAUGUGCUAAUCAUGGAAAGUCUAAAAAAGUAGCCAGCCUGGCCCUGCCCCGAAGCCUUCUUCUGGGAGCCCCUUGUGCCAUAGUAAAGAAUUCUCCGCGCCCCAGCCGCGGGGGGAGGAUCUCCCUUUGUAUUGAACCGGGAAGGAGACUGUUCUCACUCACUGCCUCUGGGGGGUGCAGGGAGAAUAAGGGAGCCCAGGGUGUUUGGUUUAUGGGUUACUCAUUCUGGGUCAGCUCUGCAGAAUGGGGCUUUGACCAAGCUGUGGGCUGGGGCUGCUGCCCGGCCAGCCGCCUUCUUCCGCCUCACAGGCAGCCUGCUUUCUUGUAAGGACCGUGGGGCGAGAGUUACUCUUGUGCUGCCUUUCCACUCGAGGGUCUGGAACGCUGGCUUGGGGGGAGACCGGGACUGCGCCCCACGUCACCUGUGCUAUAGGAUUCCGACUACCCUGGUUACAGAUUAAUGGUUUCUUGGAGAAAUUUGUUUUAUUCCAAAACUUGAAAUGUUUGACGCCAUUAAGUGUCUGUUUAUAUUUUUGGAAUAUUUGUAUUACUUGCAAUUCAAUAAUAAAAAGGUUUUUUUUUAAAACCCAA